GAUUUCACGCGGUGUUGUCGUGGAUAGUCCUAUAUCGAUGCUAAUAGCUAUUUUAAUAAACUGUUAUGGCCGAUAUCUUAGGAAUCGUUUUCAGACGGUUUGCAGCUGGAUCUGUAACGAGUGAUUUAAUAUUUCCCGCUAAUUUAAAGGGAAACACUUUGGUACUCGGUGAUGUAAAUAUGAGUACAUCUGUUUUAUUUCUUGCAGCUGUGACAGCAGCCACAGAUCUGGGACUCAAAGUGCUGUUUUUUACUCAGACACCGUUUCAGUCUCUUCCUGUUUCGCUGAGGGGUUCAGUACCAGGACUCAAACUAGAAAGUCUGAAGAAUAUCAAGUUUGUGUAUGCAAAGACUUUAGAAGAGUUGCUUGAGGACGUAGCAUCUCUCCACGAGCUGGCGACAGAGACAGCGGCGCCUCCAUCUCUGAUUAUCGUAGACGGCCUGGAGCGAUAUUUACACGUGCUGAGAAGUGGACACCUACAGGACGAACUGAGCCCUGCGGCCCACGUGGCGGCCCUCCUGCAUGACACGGCUGCUUUUCUAACACAGGUCCUGCUGAACCGGGGCAAAAACCAGGGCGAGAAUCAGGGACUGUGCAGGAUCAUGGUCUCCUUUCACUCUGAAUGUGAAGGCAGAUGGGACAAUGAAGCACAGGUAUCUGAUCUUCUCCUCUCCGUACUGGACCGCUACCUGCAGGUGAGGUGCACUAUAGAGGAGGUGAGAGGUGUGGAGGGGGCGGGGCUUAAUGAGUGGCAGGUGUAUCUGUCUGCUACAUACCCUCAGCUGGACCAGCAUGGUGAAGGAUGUAGUGAUCACAGACAGCAGUUGCAUUUGGUGGUGCAGUCAGGUGGCGUACUGGAGUUUCGUCCAGUCCCUGGUGCGGAACUGGAGAUUCCAGACCAACGGGAUGAUGGCAAACAGGAAACCGAGGGAUGCAGAGAUGGUGUGAACUAACCAAGAAAAUCCCAACCCAUGUGUAAUUGUAUUUGUAAAUGUAUUUCUCAUUUCGACAUUAAUUCAUUGGCAUAGUGUAAUAUCUAUAACCAUAUUUACAUUAUUCAGACAUGAGGACAGUAUUCACAUUGAAAGAAAUGCAAUUUAAUGUUUAAAACACUACAGAUUUGUAAAGUUUGACAUAGAAACUUCAGCACAUUUGAAUGGUUGCAGGCAGAUGCAUUGUACACAAUCAAUAUUGUAUAAAGGAUAGGAUAAGCAGACAUACAUACUAUUUGUUUUUUUAUUCAAACGGCAGCAUUACAGUCUAACAUUGAAAUGCUUGAAAAAGAUCAAUAGACUGAAAUGUUGUUUAAAUAAAUGUUAAAACGAAGCUGGUUCUCAGUAGUACUUUUAGGUAUUCAUUAAAAACAACCUGGUACAUACUGGUGGAAAUAAGACCCUUUAAAAAUUGCCACACAUUUUUCUUUAAAGUACAAAUUAAUAGUCAUAUAAUGUAGAACUAUAAACAUGCAUUCAUACAAGGAAAAUAAAUGUAUGCAAGAAGUGAAAUAAUAUACACUGGUGGCCAAAAAUAUACACUUGCGGAAUAAUGUGCAGAUUUUGCUCUUUCAGAAGGAAAUUGGUACUUUUAUUCAUCAAAGUGGCAUUUAACUGAUCACAACGUAUAUUCAGGAUAUUACUGAUGUAAAAAACUGCACCAUCACUAUUUGAAAAAAGUCAUUUUUGAUCAAAUCUAGACAGCAGCAUCACUCCAACACAUUAUCCUUGAGUAAUCAUGAUCAAUUGAUCAUUUGAUAAUAGAAAAUCACUUGCCAUUAUAUCAAACACAGUUGAAAGAUAUUUGGUUUGUUAAAUGAAGCUUAACGUUGUCUUUGUGUUUGUUUCAGAGUUGCCACAGUAUGCAAUAGACUGACAUGUCUUAAGGUCAAUAUUAGGUCAAAAGUGGCAAAUAAGGAAACCGCUUUCUCUAGAAACUCGUCAGUCAAUCAUUGUUUUGAGGAAUGAACGCGAUACAAUGCUUGAAAUUGCCAAAAAACUGCAGAUUUCAUACAAAGGUGUACACUACAGUCUUCAAAGACAAAGCACAACUGACUCUAACAAGGACAGAAAGAGAUGUGGAAGGCCAGAUGAACAACUAAACAAGAGGAUAAGUACAUCAGAGUCUUUAGUUUGAGAAAUAGAGGCCUCACAUGUCCUCCGCUGACAGCUUCAUUGAAUUCUACCCGCUCAACACCAGUUUCAUGUACAACAGUAAAGAGAAGACUCAGGAGGUCUUAUGGGAAGAAUUGCAAAGAAAAAGCCACUUUUGAAACAGAAAAACAAAAAGAAAAGGUUCGAGUGGGCAAAGAAACACAGACAUUGGACAACUGAUAAUUUUAAAAGAGUGUUAUGGAUAUUUUGUGGGAUCAGUUAGACUGUAAGAUGAUUGAGAAGUGCCCGACAAGACAGUCCCAUCUAUGGCAAGUGCUACAGGAAGUGUGGGGUGAAAGGUCACCUGAGUAUCUGGACAAACUGACAGCUGCAAUAACAAGGAUCUGCAAAGCUGUCAUUGCUGCAUGUGGAGGAUUUUUUAAUGAGAACUCUUUGAAGUAGUUUAAGAAGUUCUGGACAUUUUAUUCAAAUUGUAAUAGUAAUUUUUCACAUUAUUAAUAUCCUGAAUAUACAUUGUGAUCAGUUGAAUGCCACUUUGGUGAAUAAAAGCACCAAUUGCUUUCCAUAAGAUCAAAAUC